GGAAGUUGCCUUGAGGAGAGCGGUGGGAAGGGCAGAGCCAGUCCCGAAAGACGACUAACUGGGCUCGGGGGGGACUGCUAAUAUGAGUGAUAUAACUAUUGUGAAGGAAGGAUGGGUUCAGAAAAGAGAUCCUGGCUGACUGCAUCUAUCCUGAAUCAUCUGUGGUUUCAGAACUGCAAGAGCUACUUUGGGCAUAUACUUUCAGUUUGGCAACUGUUUUUAAUUAAAAAGUGUGCAUUAAGGGUAAAUGGCACUGGAUGGGCCUUUCAGAAUUGUGGAAUUGCUUCCUGAUCAACAUGCAAGGUGGACUUGGCACCUUUGAUAGUCUCUAGACCUUCCUGAAAAACUUCUGGAUUUUUAAUAAGGACUUCGCUCAGAUCAGCAAUUUUCUAGUCAAAAUAUGGAGCCAAUCAAGGGGAAUAUAUCAAAAACUGGAGACCAAGGUACUUUCUGUUGAAGACAGAUGGAUCCUUCAUAGGAUAUAAGGAGAAGCCUCAAGAUGCAGAUUUACCAUAUCCUUUAAAUAACUUCUCAGUGGCAAAAUGCCAACUAAUGAAAACAGAACGACCAAGACCAAACACAUUUAUUAUCAGAUGUUUGCAAUGGACCACUGUCAUAGAGAGGACGUUUCAUGUGGACUCUCCUGAAGAAAGGGAAGAAUGGACAGAAGCAAUCCAAGCAGUAGCAGAUAGACUUCAAAGGCAAGAGGAAGAUCGAAUGAACUGCAGUUCCAGUCCCAAUCUAGAUAUUACCGGGGAGGAUGAAAUGGAUACCUCUCUCAGUCAUCCCAAACGCAGAGUGACUAUGAAUGACUUUGAUUAUUUAAAACUACUGGGAAAAGGCACUUUUGGAAAAGUAAUCUUAGUCAAAGAAAAAGCAACUGGCAAAUAUUAUGCAAUGAAGAUACUAAAGAAAGAAAUUAUUAUUGCAAAGGAUGAGGUAGCACAUACACUUACAGAGAGUAGAGUAUUAAAAAACACAAGGCAUCCAUUCCUAACGUCUUUGAAGUAUUCUUUCCAGACUAAAGAUCGUUUAUGUUUUGUCAUGGAGUAUGUGAAUGGUGGAGAGCUGUUUUUCCAUUUGUCGAGAGAACGAGUGUUCUCAGAGGACCGCACACGCUUCUAUGGCGCAGAAAUUGUCUCGGCUCUAGAUUAUUUGCAUUCCGAGAAGAUUGUGUACCGAGAUCUCAAGCUGGAGAAUUUAAUGUUGGACAAAGAUGGUCACAUCAAAAUCACAGAUUUUGGACUUUGCAAAGAAGGAAUUACAGACGCAGCUACAAUGAAGACAUUUUGUGGUACACCAGAAUACUUGGCUCCUGAGGUUUUAGAAGACAACGACUAUGGCCGUGCUGUUGACUGGUGGGGUCUGGGUGUUGUUAUGUAUGAGAUGAUGUGUGGCCGGCUACCCUUUUACAAUCAGGACCAUGAGAAGCUUUUUGAAUUGAUUUUGAUGGAGGACAUUAAAUUUCCGAGAACUCUUUCAUCUGAUGCAAAAUCAUUACUCUCUGGAUUGCUUAUAAAAGAUCCAAAUAAAAGGCUUGGUGGAGGUCCAGAAGAUGCAAAGGACAUCAUGCAGCACAGUUUUUUUAGUGGAAUCAACUGGCAAGAUGUUUAUGACAAAAAGCUUUUACCUCCUUUCAAACCUCAGGUUUCUUCUGAGACAGAUACAAGGUAUUUUGAUGAAGAGUUCACAGCCCAGACCAUUACAAUAACUCCUCCUGAAAAAUAUGAUGAGGAUGGCAUGGACUGCAUGGACAAUGAAAGACGGCCACAUUUUCCCCAGUUCUCAUACUCUGCCAGUGGAAGAGAAUAGGCCAUCAAGUUUUUCUUUCUUUUUUUUGCUGCUCAGCUGUCGUCAUGGUGUAUCACUGGAAAUCAUUCCUGAACAAUAAAAAAAGUUUGAGCUAUACUUGAUUUCAGAGGCAGGGCAUCUUCAGGAAUCAUUUCGAGUUGAAUGUUUUUUGCAUGAAUCUAAAUGUCAGUCUGAAGAUUCAAGCUGUUACCUCCUACUAUUUUGACAUAGUGUCCUGCAAAGAGUAUUUUUAAACAAAUGAAGUCCUAAUAGGAUGUACUGUACAUGAUGCAGCAUUAAUGCAUUUCAGCCUAUCAAUGGAACCGAGUUUUAAUAGAUGCUGAAGAAGGCAUUUGGCAAAAAUUUCACAAUAAUGACUAAAAAAUGAAAUUUAAGCAUCUGAUGCAACUUUUGUUAUAUUCAUUGCUGUUCAUACCAAGCAUUUGUUUGUGAUGUAUGGCAAAUAUGCAAGGUUUUGUUAGACAUAUCACUGAAGAAAUGAGUUGGUGUCAUUAACUGCUGGCUGAAAUUGGGAAUUUGUGAUCAAUUGCCAGGACUUAAUCCCUGUCAAUAUUAAAGCUGGUACCAACCCGUGUAAGUGAAGGCUCAACUUGAGUCUGCCCAACAGACUUGUUAUAAACUGAUCAAGUGCAAUCGCAGAUUUUUUUACAACUUUGGAUACUUUGCACCUCUGCCUCUAAGGGUUUUAUGAUGGCUGAAGAAUAUAGACAGGCAUAAGGUUCAAAUUUAUGAUUUUCACCAAACUUGUGGGUAGAAUAUUUGUGCCACCCAGUCUUGGUUGGUGAAUAGCAAGGUUUGCCUGUAACGUUCUGGACUAGCUUUUUUUUCCUGGUGUUAAGUUUGAAUGUACACAUGUUAAACAAAUGUAGUAUUUAUUUUUAGUAGUAACAAUCGUUUGUGUCAGAUACAUUCCGCCGUUGGUGAACAGUUAUUGCUAAAAGUUUAUUGAUGUUGGUGGUUGACCAACUGUACAAUGCUAGUCUAUUUUUUUGUAUAAGGCUUUUCAAACUGUCAAUCCAUAAGGUUUUGUGCUUUGCAUAAUAAGUCUAAUGAAAACCAGUAAGCUAAUCAAAGUCCAGAUCUUCAAGGAUUCAUUUUGAAAUGACCUCUCCAGAUUAAGUAUGCCCUCUUGUACUGCAGCCAUCUUUAGGCAAACAGGCCAUUCCUGUUUGAUUGUGAAGUUUCCAUAGCUUUGCUUUAACACUAAUCCAUUUGUUGUCACAUUCCUGUGGCAUUUUCAAUCUAAUGCUUUUAUGACUAAACACAUGUAUUCACCUUAUUUGCAGCUUCAUAAGGUUUGCCACUCCUUGUUGAAGCAAUGCAUUGCUACCACAGUAUACUGGCAAGGCAAAAGGUGAGGUCCUCUACUAACUGCAGGGUCUAUAUAUUACACCUCAAUGUACACACUUUGCUGCUACUAUUUGUACUGUCUAAAAUAGAACUUCCUGUAUCUGCUACUAGUAGUGUAUUACAGAUGAGCAUGAAAAAGAUGUAAAGUAUUUAUUUUAAAAUCUUAAAUUGGUCAUUAAUUUUGCCUCUGUGUAGCCUAGGAUUUGUGAAAGUUCUUGACCUUGCUAGUUCUAUCAUUAAAUGCAUAAAGAUCUAGUCAUAUGGUUAAGAAUUGUAAGCAGAAGGGACUAAGACUUAGUGAACUGUAUUACUGUUGGUAAAAUUUAACUGUUUAUUUCCUUAAGUAUAAGACCCACAAGGAUGUGAAAAACUGCAACAAAACGUUUUUGUACACUGUACAUCCUUAGUAUUUUUACACAUAAAUGUAUAUGAUAGGGAUGCACAUUAUUUUCCUUCUUACAGACUGCUUAAAUAAAGCACUACGUCAAUCCGCUGUUGGGUUGUGUAGUCUUACUACUUAAUUAAUUUUGAUUGUUUACCAUGUAUCUUGCCUGUAUAAUAAUAGCAUAUAUAAUUUGAGUCUGAUUUGUUGGGUGUAUCACUUCAAAGUACUAGAUUGAACAGUGACAUAUCAAAUACUGUAAAAUAUCUCUAGGGCUACUAAUUUUCAGACACUUCAACCAUAACUUUA